GUCAUUGUCAAGUCAUUCAACACGAUGCACUGCAAACUCUUAGCAGCGACGACGGCGUUUACAGUACUCGUACCUCUGACGUAUGGGUUUCUGGAUACGGCGCCGUUGGUUAUUUGGUCUUCUCAUGAGAACGCACUCAUUAGCGGGUUGAACGAGAAGCGACCUGGCCUCGGGCUUGGACUUGGAGAAGUGCAGCUUGACACGCUUCUCUUAGGGCGUGAGGGUGAGGAUGUAUUUGGUUUCAGGGAGGAAAUGUGUAGGUUCGACGCUGUACUUGUUAUCGAGCAACCAGGUUUACACGCAACGGACUUGAAGUCCCUCUCUCCCUCCUCUACCCUCCCAACACGUCUCAACGCCUCACACACCUCGCACAUCUCCAAACCGAAGUCAGCACAACUACCCUACAUAAAGCGCCACACCCCCGACGAACUCUCCUCCACCGCCGAGUCACUCGCACAGAGGUGUGGUGUAGGUCGAGUAAGUUGGGUUAAUCGGGACGGCGAGUUUGAACUUGUUCAGGGGGAGAAGGAGAAAGGACACGUAUUGUACAUGACCCUUCCUGAGGUGUACGGUGAGCCGAGUUGGAGGAGGUACCAGAUGACUGAGCUCGAGAACUCCCUAAAUACCUUACUCACCAAAAUCGAAUCCACCUUCCCAAAGCACCUCAUCAUUUACACCGGUUCCUCUCCUCUCUCCUCUUCUUCCUUCGAAAAACGGCAACUACUCCCACCACUCUCGGACCCCAAACCAUUCUCCUUCGCACCCAACAACUCAACGACCACAGGCACAGGCAUCCUAGCACACUACCAACUCCUCACUCCAGGACUCAUCCUCUCGCUAUUCAUCGCUCUUUUCCUCCUGCUCCCUGCUGUGUUGAUGGCUAUCUCGGCGUUGGCGAGUAUACAGAGUAGUGUGAGGCUUGAUGCGCCGAAGGGGCCUAGUCAGACGAAGAAGAAUCAGUAAGCAGUGACUGGUAACUGGUAAUUAGGAAUGUUCAGGAGGGUUAAGUUGGAAUAGGGUUUGGGUGGACAGAGGUCGUUUCUUUUCUUCGCUUUUUCUUUAUUUAUCUUUA